AUACCACCAUAUACUGCAUCGCCUCCACACGAAGUAUCACCGCCUCCCUUUCUCCUGUCUUUUUUCUUUACCGUAGACUGUCAAAGCAGCUUGCGUCUGACCAUGUCGACCACUGAAGAAGUCUCUGGUUUCUUUGAGAACAUGGGCUCCAGAAGCCCCAAUCCUCGCCAGAAAUUCUGUGGCGUGUUCUGUCCGGUGGAGGGCUCAACCGAGAACAAGACACUGGAUUUCGACUCUCUGUCGAUGGGUAGGGCAGGUGGCAAGACUGACAAACGAGUCAUCGACAAGCAGAGGGACGUCUCCCAGCCCGUCGCGAGGAAGGUUGAGAUCCGAAGAAGCGCCGGUAAAGAGCUGCUACAGAACCUUAACGAUGAGAGUGACCGUCUCUUGAUCAAAGGGGGCAAAAUCGUGAAUGAUGACCAGUCCUUCCACGCUGAUAUCUAUAUGGAGGAUGGGGUUAUCAAGCAAAUUGGAGAGAACCUCAUUGUUCCCGGUGGGGUGAAGACCAUCGACGCCCAUGGCCGCAUGCUUAUGCCCGGGGGCAUUGAUGUCCACACGCGCUUCCAGAUGCCCGACCGGGGCAUGACAGCGGCUGACGACUUCUACCAGGGCACCCGUGCGGCCCUGGCUGGGGGCACCACCAUGAUCAUCGAUCACGUGGUGCCAGAGCCCGGGGUCAGCCUGGUGGCAGCCUUCGACCAGUGGCGUGAGUGGGCGGACAGCAAGUCCUGCUGCGACUACUCCCUGCACGUGGACAUCCCCGAGUGGCACAAGGGCGUGCAGGAGGAGAUGGAGACCCUGGUGAAGGACCAUGGUGUCAACUCUUUCCUGGUCUAUUUGGCUUAUAAGGAUGUGUUCCAGCUUACCGAUUCUCAGAUGUAUGAGGUGUUCAGCGUAAUCAGGGACCUGGGGGCCAUUGCGCAGGUCCAUGCAGAGAAUGGUGACAUCAUCGCUGAGGAGCAGCGUCGGAUUCUGGACCUGGGUAUCACUGGACCUGAAGGUCAUGUACUGAGUCGACCUGAGGAGGUGGAGGCGGAGGCUGUCAACCGCUCAGUUACGGUGGCCAAUCAGACCAAUUGCCCCCUCUACAUCACCAAGGUGAUGAGCAAAAGUGCCGCUGAUGUCAUUGCCCUGGCCAGGAAGAAAGGCACUGUGGUGUAUGGAGAGCCCAUCUCAGCCAGCUUGGGCACCGAUGGGUCUCACUACUGGAGCAAGAACUGGGCCAAAGCUGCUGCCUAUGUCACAUCUCCACCCCUUAGCCCCGACCCUACCACCCCCGACUAUCUCAACUCUCUGCUGUCUUGCGGUGAUUUGCAGGUGACUGGCAGUGCCCACUGCACUUUCAAUACCUCCCAGCGUGCUGUGGGCAAGGACGAUUUCACACUCAUUCCAGAGGGUACCAACGGCACGGAGGAGCGGCUGUCUAUAAUCUGGGACAAGUGUGUGGUGACAGGAAAGAUGGAUGAGAACCAGUUUGUGGCUGUCACCAGCACCAACGCUGCCAAGGUCUUCAACCUGUACCCACGCAAGGGCCGCAUCGCAGUGGGCUCCGACGCUGACCUGGUGCUCUGGGACCCAGAUGUCACCAAGAUCAUCUCAGCCAAAAGCCACAAUCUGGCCGUGGAGUACAACAUCUUUGAGGGGACAGAGGUGCGUGGCGCCCCCCUGGUGGUCAUCAGCCAGGGCAAGAUCGUGCUGGAGGACGGUAACCUGCACACCACUGAGGGCUCGGGCCGCUACGUGUCCCGCAAGCCCUUCCCCGACUACGUCUACAAGAGGAUAAAGGCUCGCAGCAGGCUGGCUGAGCUGAGGGGGGUCCCGCGGGGUCUUUACGACGGGCCAGUGUGCGAGGUGUCGGUGAGCUCCACGCCCAAGGCCAUCACCCCAGCAACUUCUGCAAAGACAUCUCCGGCCAAACAGGCAGCCCAGCCUGUCCGCAACCUGCACCAGUCCGGAUUCAGUCUGUCUGGUGCACAAGUUGAUGACAACAUUCCUCGACGCACUACCCAGCGCAUUGUGGCGCCCCCUGGUGGGAGGGCCAACAUUACCAGUCUGGGCUAAGCUCCAUCACCUGCUGACUGGGGAGGGGGCAGCCAAGAAGCAGGGGCCCAGCUCAGAGAUCAUGCCCACCACAGGAGCUGCGUCUAAGAAGACCCCUGCAAGAACACCCCCCUUCAUUCACCGCAUCCACCCACUAUCCCACACGGAGAAUUUAAAGUGAAAAAAAAUCCAUGUUUUAGCACGCCAGACCGUAUUAUUUAGUGUUUUAUACUGUACCCAUCUACCUGCCAUAUGCCAUUUUGAGUUUUUAAAAGGAAGAGUCAAGUGAAUUGAGAUGGAGCCGUUUUAGGUAUUUACUUUUUUAUGGAAGAAAGUAUUUGCCCAAAAACAAUAAGCCAGUUUUCGAAGCCAGUGUUUUCAAGAAUUAGCAGACCUUGAGUAUCACAUAAUAACAGUUCUUUGUUUCAUUUCUGUUCUUUCCAGUAUUGUGCAGGAUGUAUUCAUUUCAAAGUUACUGGUUGUUUUCUGAUGCAUUUCAGUAACCAACUUCAGAAGCAGGUCAUGAUUUGCCUUUGGGUGCUCUUUUGCAACUUGCUAAUGGGGAAGAGUUGGAAAGCUGCAGCCUUUGGCUGCGAGUGAAUAAUGUGUUUUGUUGUGUCCGAGUACACCGCCCUGGCAUUGCUGUCGUGUGCAAGUGCACUGGCAGUGAUUUGAAGGAGCUGGUGUAUGAAAACUGGACUCUCCUUUCUGUAUAUUGGCGUAGACUAUCGAGAGAGAAAGACAAAAAAACUAAGGGGAGGAAGAUUUUGCUCCUACCACUAGUUCUGUUUCUAUAGUUAUCAUUUCCCUCAGCUUUCCUCUCAAAUAUCGACGGUCAUAUGUUACUGGAGUAGCAAAGGCUUAUGCUAACCCCUCCCUUUUUUGAUCAAACACAAAAUCCAGGCCUCAGACAUGAAGUAGUACAGUCUACACAUCCCUUCUUCAUUAUUCACAGUAGCUAGAAGUACAUGUAUUGUGGUGUUAACAUUUUGUGAUUAGGACCUCCAUGGAGACCAGGUCUCAAAAUCCUAUGUUUCCAAGGAAACAGACCCUGCUCCAGACUACCCUGUUAAUGUGAGUUCAAUGGAAAAUGAAUGUCAUUUCCCACUUCCAUGUAUUUUUUCCAUGCCUCAAUGGCCCUAUUCAGGGCCCAUGUAAGAGAGGUUGAUACCAGGAUUAUUGUGACAGAAAUAAAACAGCACUGCGGGUUGUAAACUGUAAAAUAACGUGUACUAAACAAGCGAAAGGGUUUAGAAGGCUAGAAUGUAUAUAUCUGGUUCCAUGCCUCUAAAAGCAUGCCAUCUUAAUAUAUGUAACAUUGUACUUUUGCUAGCGAUCAGUAUUACUGUUAUUUUCGUCUCAAUAUUCCCCGCAAGGAUAAAAUUGUUGUCACAAACACAGUAGAAAGUUUCCACCAGGUCAUGCUUGUUGCUUUUCUGAGGAAAGGGACAGUUGAGCACAAGUCAGAAUCCUGCCUGGCCUCACAGAGGGCCAUAAAACUAAAGAAAUCAGUCAGUAGUUCUGUUGAGCAAUCUGUUUUCCAUUUAGCAAAGCAAUUUUCCAGUUGUGACCCCCCCCACCCUUUGCAUGUUAGAGACCUUGGCAUCUGUAACUGACCAGUCUCUCCCAUACAGAGAUCUCACAGUAGAGAACACAGUUUUACUAAUGCACAUGGAAUAGUGGAGUAGCCUGCCUUUAAUCCCCUGUCUGGUUGUUGUUUGCACUAUUUUGGUACCUCACUGCAUGCAGAUCAUUUAAAAGGGGUUUUAUGUUUACAUAUUUGGCAGCUGCAGGUACAGGAUAGUGGCUUUCGGUGAUUGUGUAGUAAUCAUGUACAGGAGAUCCAUAGGGAUCGGUUUGUAGCUUUCUUGUUGCCAUUCAGAUUUGAAGACCUGUUAUCUGUACUAGUCACUGUUUCCGCUUUCUGGCCAGUCUUUCGAUUCACCGAAGCUCAGCAGUAUAAUAACAUGAAUUCACUUAAGUCUUCCUUUUUUCUCAUAUCGAUGCACUUGAUAUUUCCAUGUUUUAUAUUUUGUUUUUAUGUUUUUACUAUCCAUUUGUGUUUUUAGAGGAGUCAUCAUAUUGAAAAACCUUGGCUGUUACAGUUUAGCACGAGUGUCCUAUUUGCUUGCUUGGUGUUGAAAUGCAGACGUCUAGAGAAAAGGGCGACAGAGAGUUAAAACAGGUCAUUUCCUGUCAACACAUCAAUCAACCAGAUGGCUGCACUACAAAAUCGGGCAGACAUUCUCUCUCACUUCCCUCGCUUUUCCAUCCCUCCUUUCCCUCCUACCUUUUAUUCCCGCCAUCUCAUUGUUGCAGUCAGAACGUUGCCAGGACAACAGGCCCAUGAGCCACUCUGCCUGUGCUCUUUGUUUGUCAUGGUAACGCUGCUGGAUCUGAAGUUGCCCCUAGCAACGCCUCUGGACCUGGUGCUAUUAGAACAACACUGUCUGCGGAAACACGGCAGCUCUCUCAGCAUUCUGCAGCCACACCCGUCGCUCAAAGCCCCAUUACCGCUGUCAGACUCCCCUUGUGAGCAAUAGCCGUUUCCUCUCUGCAGAUUUCAUUGCCAACCCCUGCAGUUUGGACUCGUUACUGUUGGCAUCACAAUCAUCUAAUACCAGUGAACACGUUUAUCAUUUUAGGUCAGACUUUUUUAAAAUUUGUAUGUAUAUUUGUUGUUUCAGGUGAUUUGUUUAUUUCUGUUAUUAAAACACUUAUCUGACUGAUUUCACAAUGAUCUGUAUCUAAACUGCUAUUUCAGAUGGAAGAGCUGUCCAUUGAGUGUUUUCCUGUUGUGGUGUAUAUAAUCCUGCCACUCCCCCAUCUCUACCUCCCACCCCUCCAUUUAACUGUUUGUUGGAUGGGGUUAUCGAGUGUGCCGUAGCGAAGGCUACUGGAACAUGCGUACUCACAAGGACUUGGAGGAGCACCCUCCAUGACUCCUGUGGUUGUGAAAGUGGACCAUCCGCCCUCCUUAUUUAGCCUUCCACUCUAUCGUCCUUCCUUUAAGAGUCUGGUGUGACCCAAAAGACCUGCCUGGAAUAAUGCAUGAAAGAACACGCUAGCGCUUGACGCACAGGAGCCCUUACGCUGACCUUUCUGUGCUCCACACUGCUGAACACUUCCCAGUCUUGCCUUUUCACAUGUUUGUUUUAUAUUCCAGCUAGUAUGUGAUGUAGGCAAAGUGCAGUUUGAGGUUUUUUGUUUUUCAUUUCUUUUAGUUUUUAUUUUAUUUGCAACCCAUUUUUACCAUUCAUUUUCAUAAUCCUCUUACUGUUACCCCUUUCCAGGCCAUUGUAAAAGUGAAACUGUUGAUGGUGUAUGUUUCGUAGGUUAUGGGAUUCAAGGAUGCUUGUCUCUGAAAGCAUCAGAUCCCAUUGAUGGUUACGUAAAAUGAUGAAAAAAAAUAAAAAACAAAAUAAAAAAAUAAAAA